AUGCUGGUCACAAAUAGCGGGUACAGAGAUGAAAUCCAAACACAGCUUCCCUUCUCUGGGCUUGCGUCUAAAAUUUGGUCGAAGGACCAGGACAAAGGCCUGGCUCCAGGCAGCAGGAGUGAGUACCUCAGACAGCAAUCUCUCAGCUCAGCCGACUGGGCAGAAACUCUCCAGCUGGUUUCUCAAGAAAAGCUCAUGGGGUACACCGGGGAAGAGAAUCUUGAGAGAGGGUUAGAUAGCCCUCUUAAGGGUAGACGCACUAUCCUAGCACUAGCUGCCAGGAGCAGAGUUCUAGCUCCCCGCCGCCACCUCAGCGCCGCUCCCUCCGUCUGCGCAAGUGCGUCCCCGCCUUCUCCUCCCCGCUCCUCCGUUCCGGGCCACCAGCUCCUCGCCGCCCCCACGCCGGCGCCGCGCUGCUCCAUCCGUCAACAGUGGUGCGUCCCCGCCUUCUCCUCCCGGCUGGUCCUUCACCCGCCUCCAGCUCCUCCCCGCCACCGCGCCGCUCCCUCCCUCUGCGCAAGUGCGUCCCCGCCUUCUCCAAGCUCGUCCGUUCCGGCCUCCAGCUCCUCGCCGCCCCGCGCCGCUCCCUCUCUCUGCGCAAGUGCGUCCCCGCCUUCUCCUCCCCGCUCGUCCGUUCCCGGCCUCCAGCUCCUGGCUGCCCCGUGCCGUGCUGCUCCCUCCCUCAACAGAGGUGCUUCCCCGCCUUCUCCUCCCGGCUGGUCCUUCAUCCGCCUCCAGCUACUCGCCGCUGCCGCGCCGCUCCCUCCCUCUACCGAUGUGAGUCCACGCCUUCUCCUCCCCGCUAGUCAUUUCCCGGCCUUCCGCUCCUCUCCUUUGCCGCGCUGUUUCCUCCCUCUGCGCAUGUGCAUCCCCGCCUUCUCCUCCCCGCUGGACCGUUACCGGCCUCCAGCUCCUCGCCGCUGCGCUGUUUCCUCCCUCUGCGCAUGUGCAUCUCCGCCUUCUCCUCCUGGCUUUUUCUUCCCCGGCCUCCAGCCCCUCCUGCAAAACCUUCUUUGGCUUCCGGGUUCACGAGGUGAGGGAGUUAGGGCUCUCUCUCCUCCACUAAGAGCAGAAAAUGAACACAUCCCAGGCAGAGUCCCAGGCUGGCAGGAGGAGUGGGUGUGGUCACUGGGACAGCCCUCCAAAAUGGGUCAGGUGGUGCUUCGAGGCUCAGGGGACAUGGCCUCCUGGGCAGCAUCCAAAGCGUCUGGCCUCUGUCUCUUCAGUGCAGAUGGAAGUGCAGCACGUCCAGGAGUGUGACCGCUGCCAUCUCCCUGGUGCACGUGCAUCGCAGUGUCCACCAAAGGAAAGUUUCUUGAGAGCUGAGAGCAAGAGCAGAAGUGGGCAUGAGCACAGACUCCCCGGCAUCAGAGAACCAAGUGGGGACACCCAGGCCCAGCCUCCCUUCCCGAGGCCCCUCCAGCCGGGUGAGCCGUGCCCUGCCGAUUCCCAGCCCUCCUCCCUGCUCUGCUGUCCGGGGCUGCUUCCCAGAGUCCGCGGUGAGGGUUC